AUGUUCAGUAUAGGUCCCCCCAAGUCGGCAAGCGAUUCUGAGACGUCCAGCAGAUCGGACUCUCCAAGCAAGGGUUCAGAGUGGUCCACGACCUCUGAGCCUCACGUCCAACCGAAGACUCCCCAGAAGCUCAAGUACGAUUCCUCCAGUGACGGAGAAUGGUCCGAUCAAAGCGACACACCUGUCAAACCCCGUACACUCAGAAGAUCUGGUAGAGUGCUCCUACCAGGAUUGCGCAACAGUUCCGAAAGAUCUUUGCCCAGAGACUCGGAUGAGAUAUCCUCUCUCAGGCUAUCCGAUGAAGGCUCCUCUCUCAGAUCGUCGGAUGAUGGAUCGCCUCGCAGAGCAUCUGACGAUGAUUCACCUAGCAAAGAAUCAUCCGAGGGACUUGUGUUCCCGUUCGCAGGAUCUGACUACGACACCGACGUUGUCCUUCAGCAAGUUCAGGACUUCCCCACCUCCGAACACUGGGUCACUCAGUGGGAUCCCAAGGACACUGAUUUCUUCAAUUCGGGCCAGAUCCCAGUCCGCCCCUUCCCUCGUAUCGCUGUUCACUCUGAAUUCAACUCGAUGCGUGAGAAUUGGGGUCUGCCUCCUCUCAGUCUACGCUGCCCCGAGGACUACCGCCGCCACCCUGCUCACAUCUACAGGUGGGACACUCAAAAGCUCAACUGUACCGACAAGCACGAGAGCGCAUGCCAACUCUGCGGUACUGCUUGCUGCUCAGUCCAAGCCUUCACCAAAGCCAUCCAUGAAAACCCACGCCCCAACCCCGUGGUGCCUCUGAAGUACCGCGAAGCUUUCCAGCGCGAUAUUGACGAGAUCAACGCCCUCAAGCCUCGUGAAACCGAUCCUUUUGAGAGAAUGCUCAAAUGCGGCACCUGUCUCCGCAAUGUCUGUCCCGAUUGCGCAGGUCGUUGCAUGAAGCCGGCUUGUCUCAGCAUUGUCUGCAAGUCUUGCGGCGAUCCCGAUCCUUGGAUCCAUUGCCAAUGUGAGAUGAACCAAGGCAAAGUCAAGAUCAGCUACCUUUGA